UCCUAUGUUGAAGGAAGUUUAUUUGACCAGAAAAUUUCACACUGUCAUACCGGUAGAAAUCUUGAAAAAUGUUUCGUAAUCAGUAUGACAAUGAUGUUACAGUCUGGAGUCCACAGGGCAGAAUUCACCAACUUGAAUAUGCUAUGGAAGCAGUGAAACAAGGAUCUGCGGCUGUAGGCAUCAAAUCCAAAACACAUGCCAUAUUGGUAGCAUUAAAGCGUGCACCAUCAGAGUUGUCUGCCCAUCAAAAGAAAAUUUUACCAAUAGAUGAUCAUGUGGGUGUGGCUAUAGCAGGAUUGACAGCUGAUGCACGAUUACUUAGUAAUUUUAUGAGAUCAGAAUGUCUCAACUCCAGAUAUGCCUAUGAUCAACCAUUCCCUGUGUCCAGAUUAGUAGCCAAUGUUGGAAACAAAUCACAAAUACCAACUCAAAGAUAUGGACGAAGACCAUUUGGUGUAGGACUUCUGGUAGCCGGAUAUGAUACUCAAGGACCACAUAUAUACCAGACAUGCCCAUCAGCCAAUUAUUACGAUUGUAAAGCUAUGGCAAUUGGUGCAAGAUCACAGUCAGCAAGAACAUAUUUAGAGAAAUUCUUGGACCAGUAUCUUGAUUGCACAUUAGAAGAAUUGGUAAAACAUGGUUUAAGGGCAUUACGUGAUACACUGCCACAAGAAGUAGAGUUGACUACAAAGAACUGUUCACUAGGUGUCGUAGGUAAAGACACAGAUUUCACAAUAUUUGAUGAUGACAGAGUAGCUCCUUAUCUCCAAUUGAUUGAAGGAGAAGAAAGAACAAAUGCCAGACCACCAGCAGAGGGAGCAGGAGAGGCUGCCAUGGAAACUGAAGGUGAAGGUGAGGCCCGUGGUGAAGGUGAAGGUCAAGAUCCACAACCUGCAGAACCUCAAGCUGAUGAGAGAAUGGAUCAAUAACUCUGAUCUGACAUUAACAUUAAAUCUCAAAUCAUCCAUUCAUCUUUACGCUGAAAUAUGCUCUAAUGAUUUCAUCAUCAAAACUAGUGCUACCUUGACAUUACAGUUAUUCUGCACAUGUAAUGCACAAUUACUGCACAUGUACUUAUAACUGUUAAUAAAUCAGUUUUAUUUACAUU